AUGCCAGAACCCCGAGGACCGUCGCGAUCCGGGCAGGGGACGGAAGGGCGAGCCGGCGGGAGGCAACGGCCUCGGGUGUGCCGCGGUCCCCGCAGCGAGAGGCGUCCUGGGGCGCCCCUGACACCACCGUACUCCGCCUCGCAGCGCGCCCCUGCGUGCGCGCGCCCCGCCCCGCCGCCCCGCCGCCCGGCCGCCACGCGCCCGGCGGCCGCCGAGCCCCGGCGCGGGGACGCGCCCGUGCCCCCUCCCCCUUCGGCCGGUCCCCGGCUUCGCCGGCCUUCCCACCCUACCCCACCCAGCCCCGAGGACUGCCCGCUCGGGCCGCCCACAGCCCCGGGCGCCGCGCCGGCCCGGGCCCCGGCCCGUCUCCCUCCCCUUCCCCGAGCUGUCCACACCCACGCGUGCGUACAGAGGGCCGGGGCCUCCCCGGAGCUGCGGCCUCGGCCUCCUCCCCGCGCGGCAGCUGGUGCCUCCCCGGCCCUACGGGGCUCACGCGCACGGCACAGCCACAAGAUGUCCGCUCUGACGGAACUACUGCCAGCUGCCACGCUCCGCCCCUCCCCCCCCGCCUAUUCACCGCCGCGUAUCCGUCCGCCAACGCCGCCGUCGCGAGCGCGGGGCGAGCUGAGGGUCGAGGGGGAGCGGUUUGCCUCCCUCGUCCGGGCCGAGUGGACGCGCCACCCUCUAGCCGUCUCCCCGUCGGAACAGCACCUUCUUACUAAACCGAUCGGAGAAGCCAGGUGCAAUGAUAAGUGGGAACCCUGGAACCUACCAACCAGAAACUCUCAACAUACAGGGAGGACAAUGAAGAAAACUCCUAAGAAACCAAUUCCUGUUGCCCUAAACUAACAAGUUUCAACAAAGAAGUACACUCAAAUGUUACUGCUGUUGCAAUAAAGCACGGAAAACUGGGAAAAA